AACUUCUCCACGGAAGGUGAACGAUGUUGUCGGACACAGAUAUCUCUUCGAAACUAGGAUUAUCUUUUAACUAUUUACGUUUAAAGAUGCUGUAAUCAGUUGCAUACGGUCCAUAUAAAUUAAUCUUAAAACGCGGGAUAUAAAAACUAAAGAGGAAUGUAGAGCACAGUCGUAAGAGUCGUACCCAAGGUUAGCGUUACCAUUGCGAACGAUACAUCCGUCUGCUGACCUAAGUCGAUUAACCUUCGUAUAUUGUUUGUUUUUUUCCUUGUGGCUUUCGUUAAUGGAGGGUGUGGAAGGAACAUCCAUUAUUUUAAGCGAUCUACAGACUGGAGGGCCUCUUCUUUUGUUCUGUAGUGCAGCUGAUCAACAGCAUGAACAAGACCAAGAACAGCUGACUGGGACCCUUGAAGCUGCCAGUGUCAAUGAGAAUGAAGAUCCUCUCUGGGUUGUUGGUGACACCAUCCAGUUAAGCCUUCAUGAUGGACAAGCUGAUGGUUCUAGCAUAUUUGGCGAAGCUCACAUACUGACAGAAGAAGAUGGCACAGAUACAUUAAUACAGAAUGUUCAGGUCCUCACAGAAGCUGAUGGUGACAAAACCCUGCUGGGAAAUGCUCAGGUAUUGCAGGAUAGCAGUGUGCAAAGUGAACAGCAAGAUAGUGAAUCUCUGCUUCUUUUAGAUGAGACAUCACAGCUUAUUCCAGUUCCUUCAGACAUCCCAUCACCUGACCCACCAUUGAUUCAGUCUUCCAAAAAUUACCAGCCUGAUCUACUGAUUAAAAACACUGCUUGUGAGCUGAAGAAAGUUAACUAUGCUACAGAAUAUGUAUCUAUGCCGGUUCAGCAGGAGUCAUGUACACCUGUGCCUGUCAGACUGAAGUUGUCUGCUUGCUCCAAGUCAUCUAUUGAUGAAGAUGAUCCUUGUGAAGAGUCGUUUGUUGGGCCUUCUCUUCGCUGGCCAACACAACCAAGGAGCUAUAGAGGAGCAAAGCAAAGAGAAGGAGCUGCUGCCAGGAAAAACUUUAGAAAGGUGCCCCAGAGGAUUGACACUGAUGGAGAAACGAGUGGUAUGGGGUCAUCAGUAGAUGAGCCAGUCGAGUCCUCAACAGAAUCUGCUUCAGAAGCUCCUACUGUGACACCACCUUUUAUACCACCACGGGGCUCUGCUUCACGAUGCCCAUCAGCUUCUCCCACUGCUAUAAAGAAACGUAGGGGUGGAUGGCCUAAGGGAAGGAAAAGGAAGCCAGAAGUUCCAGGACCAGGAGCAAAACCACCGAAAGCCCCAUUGACAGCCUAUGUCCUGUUUCUCAAUGAAAGGAGAAAAUACUACAAAGAAAUGUUACCUGAUCUUAGUUUUGGAGCUGUCACAAAGCUCCUUGGAGCUGAGUGGUCAUCUAUGACCGCAGAGCAAAAAGCAGCAUUCAUUUCAAGAUCAGAGCAAGAGAAACGCCGGUAUCGUAAUGAACUUCAGGCUUACAGGCAGUCCCAUGAUUACCAACUUCUGUUAAGAAAGAAACGCAUGAAGAAUGUUAUCAAAAAAGGAGGCACGACGACAGAAGAGUCAUCUGAUUUCACUGAUGAGAUUGAUGAUGACGAAAGUGAAGAACUUUACUGCAGAAUAUGUGAUCAGCUGUUCACCUCCCUUCACAAUAAACGUGGACAUUUAUAUGGGAAGCAGCAUUUGCAGGCUAUCACUGGAGAGUAUCAACGAGAGCGACUGGCAGAAGAAGAACGACAGAAGGCUGCAGCUGCUGGCAGGAGUGGAGAUUGUAGCAAUUGUGGGUGUACUGUAUCAUCUCAGACUCGGUGCUCAAGACCAGGGGUGAAACAUUUACCUCCUGGGGUAUGUCCUAUGUGUUCUGCAGAAGAUUCACGGUCCAUAUUAACACACAUUAAACAGUCACCACCUGCUCAUAAUGAAGAAGAUGAUCAUGAUGGUGAUGAAGAGGAUGAAGAGGAAGAAGAGGAGGAGGAGGAGGAGGAGGAAGAGGAAGAAGAUGAUGAUGCAGCCGAAGAGAGAGAUGAACAACUUGGGCCUAAUUGUGGCAUGAGUAGCAUGGCUGAUGCUUUGGAGGGUGUAAUGGCCAAGAUGCUAGAACGAGAGCAAGAAAUAAAGUCACUGAAACAAAGUAGUGAGAUUGCAAGAAGCCAUAACUUGCAACUUGCAACUACACUUCUACAGUUGCGUGAGCAAAAACUAGAACUGUACAAACAGCAGGAGGAGUUGCAAAAUGAGAACGACCAGCUGAAAAGUGAGGCAGAUAUGCUUUGGAUGCUGCCUGCUGUUUUUGGAGUCACCCCUUUAGAUAUGGUAAACAUAACGCUACGUCAUGACAACCAGCAAAGCGAGGAGGACUCAACACUUGAAGUUACGUAAGAUGAGAUUUUCUGUUUUAUUUAGUUGUCAUUUUCUGAUUUAAGACUUUCAAGGCAUCAGAUAUAAGUAGGAUUUACUUGUGAAAAGGAAAGUUAAUGUUAAAUGUGGAGCUGUUUAUCUCCAUUAUAUAUUUACACUACAGCUAUAGUAGGUUGACAACUUGACAUUAGGUAACCAAAGGUUACCAUGACAUGUAAAAUGACAAGUAAAGAUGGCCGGUAUUUUUAGAAGUGAUCAGUAGCAUGUGUUAAGGAUCUCUUUUGGUAUGAUAUUCCUCUGAAGGUCUAUCAGGAGAUAUAUACAUACAUGUAUUUUGAAAUAGGAACUUCUGUGUUAUCUUUUUAAUAAGGGUUGUAAGGCUUGGAAAGUUUUUCACCAAAGAGUUUUGGUGGCGCUAGAGUAUUGAUCGAGGUUACCAGAUGUUUGUUAUUGUAUGUUUUGAUUUAUUCAUACACCUGAUGGGAAGAGAAAUAAAUUAAUGUUGGAUGGACAUGUUAUGACUUUGAUCUUGGAAGAUAUUUUUUUUUUACCUUGAAGAUUUUCUGCAAACAGAUCAGAAUAAUUACCACGAAACAGGUAUGAAGGUAUGAACAGGUUCAACCAUAGAGAAAUUAGGAUUGUGAUUGGCCUUUGUGCAUUGUGUACUUGAGGAGAGAAGUAUCCAUGAUUUUAUUUAUUUUAUCCUUCCAAGUACUUGUACGAGAGUGAUAUUUAAGUGUGUACAAAUUUGGAAAAUUUAUCUAAAUGGGUGACCGAUACAAGAGACCCUUUGUAUUAUUUACGAAUACAAAGUAAAAAUAGGAAGAGUGUCAUUUGUGCCAAUUUUUUUCAAUUUAAUUAAUACUACCUGUGAUGAAGUGUGAAACUUUCUGCUAUGAUUGAAAAAGCAUGAUUAAUCUGUCAUGAUCUUUAAUUCAGAAUUAUUUAAAAUUUGCUGAACUUUAAAUUUGAAUGUGCAUUUGUACAUUAUUGUUAGUACUCAUAUAAUGAGUCCUGUUUACUGUAGUUUUUAGUAUUGUAAAUGAUAGUAGUAUUAUGUCACACUGAAUACGUAUAUAGUAUUUGUUAUUCAGGUUUGUCUUAUUUGGAAAUACUCCAGAGUGAAUCUAAUGUACGUAUUCUGUGAUUGCUAAUUGGUGGCCGAUUUUCUAAAUAAUCAUGUGAUUCAUCUCUUAGCCUGUGCAAUAAUAUUGCCAAGUCUUUGUGAUGAUAGUAAGCAAAGUGUUUAUAGUAAUAUGUGCUGUGAAUGUUUUAUUUAUUACUAUGUGCAAGUGUUCAGUUCUAGACUUGAAGGCAGCAAAGGGUGUAUGGAAGUUACGUUUCUUCAUGUGACAUAUUUCUGUGCUAGGAAUAUAUAGCUGAAGAUUACAGAGGCAGAAAUGAAGCUGUUGUUGAUAGUAUUUAUUCAAAAUACAGAACUUGUAACUGUUAUGCUACAUUUACUCUUUAGUAUUAAAGAUACAUUUGUGCGAAGAAAGGUUACGUAUUAUGUUUGAAGAAGUUUCAGUUAAUUCAGAACUAAAAAGUAUGUCUCAAAGAAAGGAAGGAAUUGGAAAGUUGCCAUGCCUUUGGAAAGUAGUGUAAUGAUAAGGGAAGAAGUAUAUAAAAGGUAUUGAGUAUUAUUUUUCUGUAAAGAUGUAUUUUAGUUACUUUUUAUCAUAUAGUAUUUUAAUUACAAGGUAUUAUACUUAAUAGAAAUUGUGAGGCAUUGUAGUGGUACAUAUUAAUAUGCCAAAUACCUAAUUAAUUGCUCAUUGAUUAAUGCAAGAUUGACAGCUGUUGUUCAUAAUUGUAGAAAGCAGUUUUUAUAGUGUACCUGAUAAGUAGAAAUAACCACUCUUUCAGUUUCUUAGUAGUAUUACAUGUCACCUAAAGACUGAAUAUUCUAACUGGAUCAUGAACUGCACAGAUUUUUACUUUUUCAUUUGCUUAUGAUGUAAAGUGCAUUUGUGCAUUGUCACAGGUAAGUUUAAAUGUUGGCAUUGCAUGUUAAAUAUUAAACCAUGAA